UAGUAUCAUUCUGAUCCUGGGAGAGGAAAGAUAAAUAUGAGAUUCAUCAGAAACAGUUUUCUUUGCUCUAAAGGAGUCCGUCUUAAGAAAAUGGUGCAUAUGGUCUAGCGCAAACGCUGAUCUCUCUCUCUCUCCUCUCUCUCUCUCUCUCUCUCUCUCUCUCUCUCCCCCCUCAAUCUCAACACACACAAGUAAGUAGUACUUAAAGUUACUACUACUAUAUCUGACCACUUUCUCGGCAAAAUUCUCCUUUUUGUCUCUCUCUCUCUCUCUCCUUUCUCUUUCUAUCUCUAUCACAAGCUCGAUUCAGUUGCAGAAAAUAAAGGGCCGAGAUCUUCACUGAAUCCUCGCAGUUUCCUCCACAAAUCCCGAUCCGAAUGAGGUCCGCCACCAAAGCCACGCUCAAUCCUCUCGUCGCCUUCGAUCACAAGAGGGAUGCCUAUGGCUUUGCUGUGAGACCUCAGCACGUCCAGAGAUACAGAGAAUAUGCCAACAUUUACAAGGAAGAAGAAGAAGAGAGAUCAGAUAGGUGGAAUUCUUUCCUAGAGCGCCCAGCAGAGUCUACUCAGUUGCCUGUCAAUGGAGAAUCUGAAGUAGAAAAUAACAAGUCCUUGCAUGUUGAAGCUUCAGGGCAAGAAGUAGAUGCUAGUUUGGAGAAAGGUGUUGCUGAUGACGAUUUUAGUGGUGAGGAACCUGGUUCCAAUGAUUCAACUGAAAAUGUCUCCAAUAAAGAGGAUGAGCCCACUCAACCUAGUACCAAGGAGAAAAAACUUCAUAGGAUCCAAAUAUGGACUGAGAUUAGACCGUCUCUUCAUGCCAUUGAGAACAUGAUGAGUAUCCGUGUAAAGAAGAAAAGCAACUUGUCAAAAGAUGAGCAGGACUUGGGAACAGGGAAGCCUCUUUCUUCUAUUGAGGAGGCUAGGUCUCUGAAGGGAGCAUCUGAAGAGGAUUCCGAGGAUGAGUUUUAUGAUGUAGAAAGGUCGGAUCCAAUUCAGGAUGUUGCUUCAAGUGACAGUGCGAGUUCUGCUGUGGGUGGUGCUUCUGAUGGGAUACCUACGGAAUCUUUAUUUCCUUGGAAAGAAGAAUUAGAGGUUCUUGUUCGAGGGGGAGUGCCAAUGGCUCUUAGGGGAGAGCUUUGGCAAGCCUUUGUGGGUGUAAGAGCACGGCGUGUGGAGAAAUAUUACCAGGAUCUUUUAACUUCAGAAACCAAUUCUGGCAACAAAGUGGAACAAGGAGUCUCGGAAUCAGAGAGCAAAACUAGGGGCUCAGCUCCAGAUGCCACAUGUGUACCUGAAAAAUGGAAAGGGCAAAUUGAGAAGGAUUUGCCUCGAACAUUCCCAGGUCAUCCAGCUUUGGAUGAGGAUGGUAGAAAUGCUUUGAGGCGUCUACUUACUGCCUAUGCACGGCAUAAUCCUUCUGUUGGGUACUGUCAGGCCAUGAAUUUCUUUGCUGGAUUGUUGCUCCUUCUCAUGCCUGAAGAGAAUGCUUUUUGGACCUUGAUGGGCAUUCUCGAUGAUUAUUUUGAUGGCUAUUACUCAGAGGAAAUGAUAGAAUCACAGGUAGAUCAACUUGUUUUUGAGGAGUUAGUGCGCGAGAGAUUUCCUAAACUGGUCAACCAUCUAGAUUACCUGGGAGUGCAGGUGGCAUGGGUCACAGGACCAUGGUUUCUUUCCAUUUUCAUGAACAUGCUUCCAUGGGAAAGUGUUCUUCGAGUAUGGGACGUGCUUCUUUUCGAAGGAAACCGUGUCAUGUUAUUCAAAACAGCUCUUGCUUUGAUGGAAUUAUAUGGUCCUGCAUUGGUUACAACAAAAGAUGCUGGAGAUGCAGUCACUUUGUUACAAUCACUGGCUGGCUCAACAUUUGAUAGCAGCCAACUCGUAUUGACAGCUUGCAUGGGCUACCAAAAUGUAAAUGAAACUAGGUUGCAAGGGUUGAGAAAUAAACAUCGGCCAGCUGUGUUAGCGGCAAUUGAAGAAAGAUCAAAGGGACUUAGGGCAUGGAAGGAUUCUCAGGGUCUUGCAUCUAAACUCUAUAGUUUUAAGCAAGAUCCUAAGUCAAUUAUGAUUGAAACAAAGAAAGGAGAGAGAUUGGUUGAUACACAAACAAAUGGCAAUUUAUCUCGUUCUGAGUCUGGGUCCUCUAAUGCAGAUGAGAUUCUUAUUAGCUUGACGGGGGAUGGGGAGAUAGAUUCUCUUCCAGAUCUUCAAGAGCAGGUGGUGUGGUUGAAGGUUGAAUUAUGCAGGCUACUUGAGGAUAAAAGAUCUGCUUUACUCAGAGCUGAGGAACUGGAGACGGCUUUAAUGGAGAUGGUAAAGCAGGACAAUCGACGGCAAUUGAGUGCCAAGGUUGAGCUGUUGGAGCAAGAGGUUUCUGAGCUUCGCCAAGCUCUUUCUGACAAACAGGAACAAGAAAAUGUCAUGCUCCAGGUCUUAAUGCGGGUCGAACAAGAGCAAAGAGUAACAGAAGAUGCUCGCAGAUUUGCUGAGCAAGAUGCAGCAGCACAGAGAUACGCUGCUCAAGUGCUUCAGGAAAAAUAUGAAGAGGCCACUGCUGCACUAGCUGAAAUGGAGAAGAGAGUGGUUAUGGCAGAGUCCAUGUUGGAGGCUACUUUGCAGUACCAAUCUGGACAACUUAAAGCCCAACCUUCUCCAAGAUCCUCUCGUCCAGAUUCACCCGCACAAAACAACCAAGAGCAAAUGCAAGAAGUGCCUGCGAGAAAGAUUAAUCUACUAUCCCGACCAUUUGGACUUGGCUGGAGAGACCGCAACAAGGCGAAACCCACCAACGUCGAGGAGGUGAAACCCAUCAAUGUCGAGGAGACGAAUGAUGGAAAGUUGACAAAUCAGGAGGAACAGGAUCCGAACACAGAGCAGAAAGAAACAAAUGGCCAUCAAGUGCAAGAUAAGGUGUAGAGGAAAGCAGGUUACAGUGACGCUAGUAUAAAUUCACUCGCAAUUUCCCUUGGUAGAUAUGCAUUACUGUCUAUGCCAAUCCAGGGAGUGAGACAAUUUUCCAUGUAUUUUUUUUUUCUUCUUUAGACGACCAAUUUUACACAUUCAAUUGCUUGUUUGUUCAUUAAUCAGAAGUAAUAUAGCUUGGGAGAUAAGGUGAUCACCAGAAAUGUGAGAAUGUCGUUUACGCAAAUGUAUAAUUUUUUUUUUUUUUUUUUGGGCGAAUGGUCAUGUGUAAGUUCCAACUCUUUAAUUAUAUUACGUAUAGUUCUUGGUGGGCACCUCUAAAAUGAGGGCUUCUACAA